AUGUCUCAAAGCCAGCAGAUCCCUUCAUUCGGUCCUUGCAGAACUUGCAAGACCGGUACCUACAUCGAGCCCGUAGCUGAAUGUGGUCGCUGCAGCUACCUAUCCUUCUUUGGCAACAGUGCUGAAGCAACUCAGGUGGCUAAGGGCAUCAAGUUGUGCAUGAGAGAUGGUCAGGUCUGUGUCAACGGACACAACAAAUGUGCCGAUUGUCUGUAUGGCCGGGUUCAAGAGGAAGCGGUCGCUACUCGAGAUGGUUACCGAGCUGAAGCCAAUGCCAUCCGGCUUCGACAGGAAGAGGCACCUUCCUCGUCUGCAAUCGGCUAUCUCUCUCGAAAGGUCUUGAAGGGUCAUCUACACCACCUCAAUGUGCCUCGCGAGACUCUGAUGCGUGACCUCUUGGCAAAGAUGGUCUCGAUGGUUCAAGCCAGAUACUGGGAUAUGCCACAAGAAGGCAGACCGGCAGGGUUGAUCAACUUGCACGACCCGGACCUGAAGCAGGUUGCCACGCUGUACUUUGCCAACAAGCAAAGAUUGAUCAAUGAAGAUGAGAUGGAUAAGGACAUUGGGGCUUUCCACAAAUGGGCUAGAACAUCUCAACUGCUGCAUGGAAAAGACACGAUGCCAAAUGCCUCAACCCUCAGUCUCAUUCUUGAGAUCCGUGCCGACCUGGUUGAACCCCUAGAGAUGGAUGACCUUGAUGUUGGGCCUGUCGGCAAGGCUAUCAGGUCAUCUAGCAUAUCUGGAUACGGUGGAGUAGGCAAGGCAGCAGGAGGAGCUACAACCACUGCUCCUAGGAAGCGGUAUAUCUCCAAGCUACCCCCACCACAAGGAACUUCAAGCCCCCCCUUCACCACCGGCAAGGAUAGUAUCCUUGUGUACCAACGGAACCCUUCUUGGGAUGAAGGUUAUGGUGCCAUCGAGUGGGAAGAGCCAGCAAACCAUGGUGUCCUCUGGCUUGAUACCACCUCCUUUGCCCAAGGCACCGUCAAGGCCUGCUUCAAGGCAAUGUAUGUGCCAUCAGAAGAGGCUGAGUCGGAUGGAUCAUCAGCAUAUGAUGGACCACUACCCACUCAACUGAUGGUAGCCAAAGAGAUCAAGGAGGCCGUGUUGCCUGAGACCCGAUCAUUCUAUGCCAAUAACAACAUCGUCUCGAUCGGGGAUUGA